AUGGAAACCGAUAGUCGUCUAUUGUUCUUUGCCAAUUUUGAUGAAGACUCGAGUGAAGAUCGUUUUUAUGCAAAUGACUUUAUCAAUAGUGUUUUGUAUGACAUUAAUAAUGCCUCUUAUAAGGUGUUUUAUCAACGUCAAAAACUAUUUCACAAUUUAAGACAUAAUGAAAUUGUUUUGCUGGAUAAUAUAAAAAGAUUUAAAUAUUUCUAUAACAAAAUAUUUCAUAUUGGCAAUAUGAAUCUCUCACACACUUUACUGUUCAUCACUUCCCUAAAAACAUUGGACUAUGAUACGCUUUAUAUGAUCUUUAAAGAUUUAUAUCAUAUGGAUAUAAUAAGCGUGGCAUUGGUCAUAGAAUUGGCAGAUGGUGACAUUGUUAUGCUCACCUAUUUUCCAUUUACGCCCACAGCAUGUAGAGAUUUUAAACCGGUCAUUAUAAAUCGGUAUUUAGUGGAUCAACAACGUUGGGCAAAUACCAAUUAUUUUCCCAAUAAGCUGAAUAAUUUUUAUGGCUGUCGUGUUAUCUGCUGCACUUGGCAAGAUAUGCCAUAUUUCAGUCUCAAGCCGGAUAAGAAAAAUAGCAGUAUUAUGGAUUAUGUGGGUUUAGAAGGGGACCUGUUGAAAUAUGUAGCUGAUAAAUUGAAUUUUUCUAUUCAAAUCCACUGGAUUGAUCCGAUAAAAGAGGAUGUAUCUAAUAAGGAACGCAUAUUUAACAAGAUGUUUUCACGUUAUUGUGACUUUGCAUUGGGCGGCUUCAGCUAUAGAAAAGAUUUAGAUUAUUCGUCGACAUUUUCACAAACCAAUUACUUUAUGCUUAGUCCCAUCUACAUUGUUACCAACGUUAUCAAUUUCUAUACAACAUAUGAAAAACUGGCAUUUCCAUUUCAUUAUACCGUAUGGUUUGCGCUUGGUUUAAUUUUUGCUCUAAGCUCUUUACUCAUCUGCACUUGUGGACGACGACGAAAAUGGUUGCGUUAUCGAGAUUUUUUAAUUGGUUCCGCUAAUAGAACACCCCACUUCCAUUUGUAUGCACUGGCCGUGGGUGCCACAAUGACAACGGCCCACAUGCCAAAACGUAAUUUUGCACGAUUUUUGCUCACCUGCUGGCUGAUGGUAACAUUAAUACUACGCAAUGCCUAUCAGUCGGGCAUUUAUCAAAUGUUGCGUGACAAUAAGCAAUGGAAUCCACCGCAAACGAUUGAAAAUGUAUUUGAGCAAAACUAUUUGAUUAGCACGACACCGGAAAAUCGCAAAUAUUUUGAUAUUCUGCCGGAUAUGAAACGCAAGCGAAUUUUUAAUACAACCAUAUUGGAAACGUUUACGGAAAUGUUGAAUGCCAAGGAGCCGAUAGCCUUUAUUAUACCCUACGAGUACUUUGGCUACUUUGGCAAAGUGAACGGUAGUCAGUGGCAACAUUUGCAUUUGGUUAAAGAGCGUCUGCUAACCCAACAACUAGCCAUUUACGUACGCCAUCAUUCAUACUUUAUACCGGUGCUAAAUGACCAGAUUUCUGAUGCACAAUACCAUGGCUUCAUAACAUUGUGGAGUCGUCGUAAUGGUCUGUCACUGACUAGCUCUUUAAAAGUCACCAAUUAUGGUCAACUGAAUAGCAAUAAUAAUGCGGAUAAAGAUCCACUGUCAAUGAAUGAAUUGGGUGCUAUAUUUAUGAUUUUAGUUUGGUUGCAUAUUCUCUCAACUGUAGCUUUUCUAAUCGAAUUAAUGUGGCAUCGUUACGGAAAUGUGGCUAGAAAUUGGUUGAAUAAACAUAUAAAUAUGUAG